AGCCGAUUCGAAUUGUGCCAGAUUUGUAAUUCUUUUUGUAACACUGGGAUUAUCUUUAGUCAGUGACACCGCUGAAACUUUCACGCAUAAAUAUAGAUUGAUCAUGAGCAAGAUUUUAAAUCGUCUUUGGCCAGCAAGGAUCGAGCAUUGAACAGCAAAGAAGCAAGAUGAAGUUGAUUGUCGUACUUUUGUCAGCUUUAGUGGUAGCCACAAGUGCUAAAAAUGCAACAUUCUACACGGUGGAAGAGGCAAUUAGAGACCAUUACAUAGUUGUACUGAAGCCCGGUUAUGACGUAGAAGUGAUCAAGAAACUUCUUCUGACUGACCUCUCUGAAAGUUUCGGCGAUGUUUCUAUCCAGCACACCUACACUGCUGCCAUCAAUGGGUUUUCAGCUAAACUCAACAACCGGGCUCUCGAAAAGCUUUUGGCCCGAGAGGAGAUCAAGUACAUUUCGGAAGAUGGUGAAUUUCACACUGAGGCUGUUUCGUCUUGGGGUCUGGAUCGCAUAGAUCAGCAUUCAUUGCCUCUGGAUGGAGCUUACAAGGGCAAGGGUUGUGGAGCAGGCGUUAAUGUAUAUGUCGUCGAUACAGGAAUCUACCCAGACAGUUUGUUCUUUGGAGGUCGAGCCUCUGCUAUCUUUGAUGCAACCGACGAUAGUCCACCAAUGGGGAGAGACUGCAACGGACAUGGCACUCAUUGCGCUGGUACAGCAGGAGCAAGUAUAUACGGAGCAGCACCAAAUGUAAAUAUAUAUGGGAUGAAGGUAUUAAGCUGCAGUGGAAGUGGUCGAUGGAGCUACCUAAUAUCAGCCUGCGAUUACCUUGUGAAGUCUGGAGUGAAGCCGGCGGUUGCCUCGAUGUCCAUUGGAGGUUCUGCUUACACGGCAGCCGACGAGGCUGUUCAAGGAGUUAUUCAGUCUGGUAUACCCGUAGUUGUAGCAGCCGGCAAUGAGAACACCGUAGCCUGCAGUUCAACACCUGCUCGUGUACAAGAGGCUAUAACCGUUGGUGCAACAGAUAUCAAUGAUGUAAGGGCUGAUUUCUCAAACUACGGAACAUGCGUGGAUAUAUUCGCUCCGGGUGUUGACAUACCGAGCGCCUGGAUUGGAGGACCGGAUAGGACGAAGACCAUAAGUGGUACUUCUAUGGCUACCCCUCAUGUUACUGGCGCUGUAGCACAACUGCUAUCCAGGAAUCCCAACCUUUCACCUGUUGCUAUCAAGGCGGCCCUGAUCGACUCAUCAAGCAAGAAUGUUAUUAGUGGUCUACCUUCUGGCACCGAAAACCGUCUGCUGUAUAUGCCCCGGCCAUGCCGGGAUUAAAUUUGUGAAGAUAAUUUACAAUCGCCGGUUUCUAACUGUGCAAACUCUACGGUCGGUAUUAAUAGGUUUUAUUUGUUCAAUUAUCAUGUCAUCAAGGCUGUUUAUUUCACUGGUAAAAUAUAUUUGAUGAACGAUUAACGUACACGAAUAUUGAAAUGUGUUAUAUAUAACGUCCGCUUAGUUUUAUACAUACAUUCUCGAUGAAAAUCAAAUAAUAAUAAUACUAAAAAUUACAAUAAUGAUAAUAAUAAUAAUAAUUGUAUAAUUUCAUGAAACGCACACAUCGUCAGCAUGGUCAGUAGACACGCAUGGCGAUAUCCCGGCAAAAAGUCAUUUGUAUAAAAAAAACAAAUUUUAUAAAUAAAUAUCAUAUUAGAAAAAUGCAAAUGGUACCAUUAUUUCAUAGAAAGCCAUUUUGCCUGAGUAACUAUUCCUAGCUUCCUCCCGAUUCGGUCUGGUGCCCGCCUGCUAGCUGCUCCUUUCGCUGAAAAUUUAAGGGACAAGCCCGGUCAGCUCCCUAUACAGUGCGUAUCAAAAAAAGUUUACACUUAGAAAAAGUUCUGUAAAAUUAUAAAUUUGUAAUAUCCUGAAGAUUUUCCACAUUUUAAUAUUGGUACAGAUCUAUUUAAGCAAAUGGCGAUAUAACUGUCGAAAAUUAUUUCCACUUGAGUGAGCACCACUUACUUUUGGAAA